AUGUCCCAACUGAAGCAAAUGUCACACAUAGACAGUGCCCCUUCGACCCCAGGAAAGUUCAAGAUGGACAAAGCCUCGUACUUCAACCGCGUUCGGUGGCACACUUCCCUGGCGAAGCUCGCCGUGUGGUCAUUCGUGUUUUUGGGCGCGAUCUUGAUCUUCUUUUUUAGGUCGCCGGCGUCGUCGCCGGUGCCGGCGGACCUCUCCCGAAGGUCACUGAGGACCUACAACUGGGGCGGACCCGUCUGGGAGAAACGGGUCCGAGCCUCUGCCCGGGUCCGGUCCCGAAACGGGUUUGCCGUUUUGGUCACCGGAGCUGCCGGCUUUGUCGGCACCCAUGUCUCGGCGGCGCUGAAACGCCGCGGAGAUGGAGUUCUGGGAAUUGACAAUUUCAAUGACUAUUAUGACCCUUCACUGAAACGUGCUCGCCAGUCCCUUUUGGAGCGCACUGGCGUGUACAUAGUUGAGGGUGAUAUCAAUGAUGAAGCACUAUUGAGGAAGCUUUUUGAGGUUGUUCCUUUCACUCAUGUGAUGCACUUGGCUGCUCAGGCUGGUGUGAGGUAUGCCAUGGAGAAUCCUGGCUCUUAUGUGCAUAGCAACAUUGCUGGUUUUGUGAAUUUGCUUGAGGUUUGCAAGAGUGUGAAUCCACAACCUGCUAUUGUGUGGGCAUCUAGUAGCUCAGUUUAUGGACUUAACACUAAGGUUCCAUUCUCUGAGAGGGAUAGGACUGAUCAGCCUGCUAGUUUGUAUGCUGCCACCAAGAAGGCUGGUGAAGAGAUUGCUCACACUUACAACCAUAUCUAUGGUCUUUCAUUGACUGGCUUGAGGUUCUUCACUGUUUAUGGCCCUUGGGGUAGGCCUGAUAUGGCUUACUUCUUCUUCACUAGGGAUAUUUUGAAGGGGAAGGUGAUUCCUAUAUUUGAGGCUGCAAAUCAUGGCACGGUUGCCAGGGAUUUUACUUACAUUGAUGAUAUUGUGAGAGGUUGUUUAGGGGCUCUGGAUACGGCGGAGAAGAGCACGGGAAGUGGGGGGAAGAAGAGGGGCCCCGCACAGUUGAGGGUGUUCAAUUUGGGGAAUACUUCGCCGGUGCCGGUUAGUGAACUUGUGGGCAUUUUGGAGAGGCUGCUGAAGGUUAAGGCGAAGAGGAACAUAAUGAAGUUGCCACGGAAUGGAGAUGUUCAGUUUACACAUGCCAACAUUAGCCACGCGCAGAGGGAGCUUGGUUAUAAGCCAACAACAGAUCUUAAUAGUGGUUUGAAGAAAUUUGUGCGGUGGUACCUGAAUUACUAUUCUGGGGGGAAGAAAGCUGUUGAGUAA